UUGAAGGAAGAACAACAAACAAGACGAAGACAAGCAAGAAGUUGAAGAGAAGACCGGCUCCGGCUGACGACAAGGACAGCCGACAUUUUUAACAUUUAAAAAUUCAAACAAUAUGAAAAGUAAUGAUAGGCUUCCUUUAGAACUUUAGAAGGCACCUAAAGAGAAAUUAGUUGAAAUGGUGUUUCCACAGUUGGUUUGUGUGUAGGUAGGCUAAUCAAACAGGCUCUAUCUUAACUGACAGUGUAGUCGUACAACUAUGGACUUGACCAACUACUGCACGAACUAUUAGUGGAAUGUUUAAACUUAGAGCAGUUUAAACUAUAAACAAGUAGAUUGUUUUUCCUCUGCUUCCAGGCCAAAUGGUACUUCGGCACAAUGAUUUAGAUAGUUAACAAGGAAUUUUGUCUCCACUUAUAAAGACAAAAACUGCAAAUAAAAGACCAGUCUGCCCAUCAGGAAGAACAGGAUCUUAUCUAGGUAAUAUGGAGAGGCAGUUAAGCUUAGAAGUUAUGCCAAUCAUAAUCAUUGACCAAAUCGCCAGUUAUCUGAGUACAGAAGACAUCAUGGCUUGUUGCGCUACUAGCACCAAAAUGAGGGACGUAUUUAGCGAUGAUCUGAUUUGGAGAAGAUAUUGUAACGUUGACCGCAUUAACUAUCUCAAAAGAAGUGCUUGUUGGGUUGAACCCGUUUUUGAGUGGGAAAAUGACCGGUUAAGCAAGCUUUCACCAAUAACUGAAUGGAAAAGGAACUUCAUGAUGCAAGCCCACCUGUUCCAAAACUGGAGAAAUGGCAGGUUUGAGAAAAGUGAAUUGGAGUAUGGACCUCCCAACGUCGUCUAUAGCCAAUCUAGGAUUGAGUUCUAUGAAAAUGACUUUUUAUUCCUCCACACAUACCUUAUUAACAACAAUAAGCUGCUAGACGAAAUUUGGGAUGUCGUUGAAACACCCUUUUUACAUUCAACGUUUUCAUCUAACAUUGAUCAGUUUGACAAUCUUGAUUCGCUUGUUUUUUAUAAAAUAGCAAAAAACAAGCUAGUUGUCGGUGUUUAUAACUUAAUUUUAGUGUAUGAUAUCACAUUGGGAUCUUUCUCUCGCAUUCCAUUGGUGAAUGCAUUCCUGUUUGAGAAGUCUGAAAAGGGUUCUAAAGAUGUUAUCACUCAUGAUGAAAACACUUUUUACAGGACAACUUACUUUGAAUUGGUGUAUCAAGUGGAGAUGACUGUUUCUGGUAACUUAUUUAUAGGAGCUGUAACAAAUUUCAAAGAUUUGCCGUGCCCUGCAUUUCAUGUUUGGGAUAUUCAAAAGGGGCAAAAAAUUGACGAAGUGAAUGUUCCUGUCGGUAGCAAUCUUGCUAUUGACGGAUUACAGUUCCUGUCAUGCGAUGAUGAAAAGAAUGUAGUAGUAAAACUUCGGGUUUUGCAUGACCGGCAUACAUACCAUUGUUAUGGGUACGAUCUUUCAAAAAUGAUGUUCACUUCGUUUUUAGUCAAACUUAACUACUGUGACUUUCAAGUCUUCAAAAGCAAAUUUUUAAUCGGUGCAGCUGCUGAAAGAAUCUUCGUGUACAACUAUGAAACAUCAGAAAAACUACUGGUCAGAAAGUGUCCACAACAAAUUCUAAAAAAGACGAUAAAUGUUGUUGGACAAAUGUUGCUGUUUGGAACAUUUGAAAAUGUUGUACAUGUCUUUGAUCUCACAACUUUAGAUAUCAUCAACAAAGUUAAGCUCGGAUUCACAUUAUAUAGUUUAAGAGCAAUAUGUGAUAAAUUUGUUGUCAUCAACUCGGUAAAUAGUGAAGUGUGGGAGAUAGGCAGAACUGCCAGGAAACUAUUCAAAUUUCCUGUCAACGGAUCGUUUGUUGCUGUGAAUCAGCAUUGUACAAAGUUAGCGAUAGAAAAAGAAAACAAAAUUGUAAUCUUACAUUUUUGGUGAUUCAACUCUUCUUUGUGUACCAAUGCAGACAAGGCUAUUGAUCUCUUAAGCAAAUUUUGAUUUGUAACCAUCACUAUUUACAUAAUCCGUGAAAUCUUACCAGAAUCUUAUUGUGGCUCUUAAAUAACUAGGCAUAUCUGUAAUGUAGUUUUUAACAUUUUAAAUAUACCUCAGAUAUGUUUUUUGAUAAGCACUAUUUUUUUUCUAAAUAUUGUAAAUAAUAAAAAAGUUUCUAUAGAAUAUUCAGAUUAGAAACCUUUUGACUCAAGUUUAAAACUUGAAAUACACAAUUAUGGUAUAAAAUACCCCUGCCGCAGCAAACUUACACACUAAGUGCAUUUUUAAUUACCUGAUAAGGUUUUUACAAUAAGUUAUUAUUAUUAUUGUUACCUAUAUUUUGAUUAUUUAUCACCUAAUUUCUUCAAAUGGACACAUACCUUAAAAACCUUCACAUACCUUCAUGGUCCCAAAAAAAUCGGG